CUUUCGAGCUUCGAGUUCAAGACACAUCAGUCACAAUCAGAGUCCCGCUCGGAUCCGUUCGUUGUGAACAAUGGCACUUUACAGCAGUUCUUCCAAAGCAAGCACUUCUUCUUCGCUUGUAACUGAAUUCGAUAUCCUUAAAGCAUCCCAUAAGUUUCUGCGAGAUGACGAUGCCAGGGAUGAGGGAAGCUCAUCUUGGAAUGACCAGCUUGCGCGCAAAUACUAUGAUAGCUUGUAUCGCGAGUUUGCGGUCUGUGAUCUGAAACACUAUAAGUCUGGUAAUUUUGCUCUCAGAUGGCGGACCGAAGACGAGGUCCUCUCUGGAGCAGGAGAGAUGACAUGCGGCAACACACGAUGUGCCGACCAUGCCGCUGAGGGUGUUCCACUAUCCACCCUAGAACUUCCGUUCGCAUACGAGGAACACGGCAACCAGAAAUCAGCGUUGGUCAAGAUUGCGCUAUGCACGAAAUGCGUUCGCAAACUUAUGUGGAAGCGCAACAAGGAGAAGGAAGGGACGAGAGGGAUUGAUAUCAAAACCGAUGACGAAAGAACGCGAAGUAGGGUCGACCAACACGAGAGGAGGGCCAAGGGGAGGGAAGAUAAGCAGCCUUCACGAGUUGAAGGGGAAAGAUUAUCGGGCCUUAGUGAAAGAAGUGAACGUCGACGUAAGCGGUCACGAUCAGGAGAGCUCCAGCCUCCUUCCGCCUGUAGCCAGCAAGCUCAACUGCGUCACCGAAGUUCCCGUUCACGGUCCCCCCGACGAUAGAGAGGUUUGCAGUGACGACUUUUGAUCAAGUUGGCGGCGAAGGAGAUGAAGAGAGGAGGCAACCAACGUUGUUGGGUCGGAAAGGUUUCUUCUUAGCUGUUUGUACAGGAGCGUGAGUGUACCUUUACUGAGCAGGCUUGCUUAUUCUUUUUUCGUCACUCAUGCUGGCGGCAUCCAAGCAGAGUUUUCUGUUGUAGAUGAUCAGCAAUUCACGUUGUUUAAGCCUGAAGACGGUGUUAAGGCUCACAUGCACAAGCGACGUCUUCCCUUCAAAAACCAUGACAUGAUCAAUGUUCCGAUUGCAAGGUACCUAGAGAGGGCCCGAGGUUGGCGCUGUUACGGUAGCGAUUGGUGCGUAGUAAUAGUAUGGACGCCAGGAUCGAAUCAAGAUUUCCAUAUCCCUUGCCUCAGCUACUCUUUCUGUCUACCUGGGUCUAUCUACAGGACGCCUCGCAAAGCCGUUCACGUUGAGAGACAUGGUCAUAAUAUUCAUAACUUAAGGAGUGCCUCGUGAUCCAGUGGUGGACUGUUCAACCUCCCAUUCGACAAUCUGCAGCUGCAGCUGCCGAAGCUGGAGUGCAUCAACAAGGAGUCUUUUUUGGGAUCGCCUCGGACUACUGCUCUCCUUCAUCCCGCUCUAGAUGCUUCAUAUCGUCACGAGUCGUGCCGCGUCCUCGUUCAAAUUCUUGCUAGUACUAUUAUUACUUUUGACGCGCGAAACUUAUCCUCGAGUCAAGCGACCUCUAGCCAAUCCUACAGUGUGUUCGUGGCUCUUUCACCUUUCUCGUCGGAAACUCAUCUGGUUUCUCCGCGCUUGAAUGGAUUUCAUUGACUGCCAGUACCACGAUGAUGGGUAAAAAGAAGAUGAAAAUAGCCCGGCAAAAUAAUGCCCUCAAGUCCGAGGCACUAUAUGACUGCUAUAUGAAGGCGUCCUAGCCACUGGCAGGGGAAGGAUAAGGCCACCAGACGACUCUCAGUUCCCAAAGUUCAUGAUGGUACCCACCCUCCGAGGUCGCGGUCUGUUGCUUGCAUCACUUUGGGGCACUGCGGUUAUUGCGUCUCCUUCCAAGGUGACAGAUAGCUCAGCGUCGCCCGCCGUGAAUCUUCCCUAUGCUCAAUAUCAAGGGACAUACAAUGCGACCAGCAACAUCACGAGCUUCUUGGGUAUACGUUAUGCGGCCUCGCCUACUGGUGACCUGAGAUGGGCUUCUCCUCAAGCUCCGGCCUACGUUGCUGGCGUUCAGCAAGCCAACGCCAAUCCAGACAUGUGCUACCAGGCUGGGUAUGGAGGGAACUCUACGGCGAUAGUUCCUCCGGCUGGCUUAGUGACGCGUGCCACCACCACUCCCGGAACGUCCGAGGAUUGUCUAUUUCUCAACGUUUUUACACCGGGUUCUAAUCUCCCGGAACAGCCUUCCUCCACCGACGGGUUGCCUGUGCUGGUGUGGAUCCAUGGUGGAGGAUAUGAUUCAGGAUACGCAGCCUCGUUCAAUGGAGAAGACCUUAUGAUUGAUUCUCAUAAUCAAAUGGUCGUCGUAGUUAUCCAGUAUCGAUUGGGUCUUUUCGGCUUCCUUGCUGGAAAUGAAGUUAAGGCAAGUGGCGCUACAAAUGCUGGGAUGCUGGACCAACAAUUUGCCCUCCAAUGGGUGCAAGAAAACAUUGGGUCGUUUGGCGGUAAUGCUGAGCAAGUGACGAUUUGGGGGCAGUCUGCAGGCGCCGGCUCGGUCCUCCAGCACAUGGUUGCUCAUGGCGGCAACACUCAGCCUCCUUUGUUCAAAUACGCCAUUACGAGUUCGACAUUUUUGCCAUCCCAGUACAACUAUAAUGACACAAUACCUCAACUGAUCUACAAUGAUGCAUUAAACUAUACCGGGUGUACGACAGCCUCUGAUACCCUAGCAUGUUUGCGUGCAGUAGAUGUGUCUACUUUACAAACUGCUAACACCAACCUGGCGUCAAGCGCAUUCUACGGGUCCUAUGUUUUUGUUCCUGUGGUCGAUGGCGAGUUUAUCACUGAGAGGCCUAGCGUGACUAUCGCAGGUGGUAAACUGAACGGGGAACUUUAUAUGGCGGUCGGUAAUACUCAUGAAGGCAAUGACUUUGUCAACCAGAACGAGACCCUCACGCCUGUCGACUAUGCCGCCCAAUUGUUCCCAGAUCUUACGCAGGCACAAGCUGAGGAAAUAGCACUUUUGUACAGCGAACUCGGAACGCCUGUCGAGCAGGCGAACUACAUCAUGGGCGAUUCCAUCUUCGUCUGCCCAACCUAUUACUUGCUCUCUGCAUACCCUGGGAGAUCGUGGAAGGGACUGUUCGCUAUCCCACCUGGUCUUCACGGCGAAGAUGUUAUAUAUUACUUCAACAGCACCGCACCGUCCUACGAUAACCCAACGUUCAUCGACGCCUUUGUGCAGUCAUUUAUGUCGUUCUCAAUGUAUGGCGACGUGAACCAGAAGUUCGAUCCAAUGAACAUCACGCCGUACUGGUACGAAUAUGAAUAUGGGUACACGGAGAUGCUUUUCAACGAGACGGAGUCCGGCGCUCCUGUUGUUACACCCAUCACCACGGAUCCCAGUCUCAUUCAGCGCUGCGCGUACUGGAGCACCAUCACGAAUAAUACCGCGCAGUAGACUAGCGAAAGUUGACUCGUGAUAUUAGUACGCUCAUUGUCAAACGAAAUGCGAUGCUGUCCACAAGAUAGUCUGUCGAAUGCG